GCCUCUUUUUCCUUCCUUCUUUUUUUAUUAUUUGCAAAUAGAAAGAAAAAGCUAAUUUACUUUUACCUUUCAUCUUCCCCGGUACCACACUGCAUCAGUGUCGACUUUUUCCUUCCAUUUUUGCCUUGCUUUACCGCCGGCUGCUGCUCCUUUUUUUUUAUUCACCAAACAGCUUCCUCCAUAUUUACAUACCUUUUAACCUUUAAACUUCUUCCAGUCACUGCCGACUUCUUUCUUUCAUUUUUUUUUAUUUGCAAAUAGAAAGGAAAAGCCAAUUUACUUUUACCUUUCAUCUUCCCUGACCUCCAAAAUGAAAUCAAACAAAUUCUUCAACACCAUAAAACAAGCCAUUCAGAUCAAAUAUUUGUUCCCCACAUGAACUCUCAAAUUUUUGGGUCCAUGUUUCAUUUCUCCUCCACCCCUUUCACUCAAAUUCCUUUACCCACAACCGAAAGAACACCUCCUCCCUUUCCAAGUGAAACCGGAUUGGAACAACUGGGUUGGGCAUUUUGGGACUUGGCCGGCUUGGAGGAGAUCAGAAUGGGUUGAUUGGGUGAAUCGUCUUGAACCCGCCUUCGGCUAGAUCUGGAGGGAUGUGAGUCUGUUUGAAUUUAUACAAUUAACCACAUGCAGAUUUACCAUGAUUAAGCCGGUCUUGGGUUCGGCUUUGUUGUUUUGGUCUGGCUCUUUUAAUUGCUUUCAUUUUCCUCGUGGAGCCAUGUCUGUGAGCCUUUUUGACAUCAGUUCAUUGACCGGGUUACCUUGCACAGGAGAGGAAAUUUCAGCACUUCUCACAUUGCCACCAGGUGUUGAGUACAACUCCACAGACAUGAAGCCUUCUUAUCCGGCCUUCGUGAGAUUUGCUUGUGACAAAAGUAAGCCUGUGAGCGCUCAGAAACACAUUUCAUUUCUGCUUGUAUUAAUCUGUAAGUACAUGGUUUGUUCUGUUGGAAAGGGUCCCACUAAAGUUAUUCCAUUAGCCGUUGCAUUAGCACAUGGUAAGCAUUUUGCUUUGGGUCCCUUUUUGCUUGCUUAUCUGUAUAGAAGCUGCUAGGAUGUCACGACCUACCGUCUAGGUAGUAGUGGUGGGCCACUUUGGGUGUUGCAGAGGAAAGUGGUAAUCUGGAAUUUACCUUGACCAUCCAUCCUAAAAAACCAAAUCUGCGAGGGAGUACUACCAGAAUUCAAACCAAGAGGAAGGUUACCAUUUCAGCCAAUUCUUCAGAGGAGUAUACCCCCUCCAAGCAGCAAAGAAUUGGAGGUAAAUCUGCUUUGGCUUGCAACUUGGUGAAAUACUCUUUGCUAACCUUCUUUUCCUUCCCUUUUUUUUUUCUUUUAAGAAUCAAGAGGUCAACAGUGAAACCAUCUACAGCCAAGAAACUCAUCAAGUCUGCCUCUCCCUUGGGGUCCACUUCUACCAUAGAAACCGAGACUCAACCUGAUAAAACAGAAGAUGUUUCCCUCAGUCCUGCUGCCCCAACAGAUCCUGUUGAGGUUCAAACAUGACAAUGUGCAAGUUCAACUAGCAAAAAGCAAAGGAGAUACAUAAAAGAAAAAUCAACAAAGGUUGUUUUGCCAAGUACUCCAUUCUUCUCUCAUGUUCUUGAUUUCUUCAGCGGCUUCAUCUGCAGAGGCUGUGAAAGAAGGCAGCUGAUCCUCCCCUUUUAAGUAAAAAUCUUUUAAUUUUCAAAAACAAAUCCCAAAAGCAAGGAUUCUUUGAAAAUUAAAAAAUUAAUUUUACUUUACCUUCUUCAACUUUCACGGGCCAACUUCACCGCCGACUGUUCUUUCUUCCUUUGUUUCCUUUAUUUCUACCCAUCUUUUAACCUUUAAGCUUCUCCCAGUCACUACCGGCUUCUUUUCUUCAUUUUUUUUAUUUUACUUUUCUAGAUCCACCAAAAUCAGCAACCCAUUUCCUUCAGCUUUCAAGAUCUACUGCCGGCUGCUCUCUCUUCCUUCCCCCACAGG